AUGGCAGUUCGCGAUAUAAGUGAAGAUGGGUCCUUCUUCAUGGGGUCAUCCACCGCCGGUAGUGGUCUCAUAAUGGAAGGUCACGGUUUCACCUGCCUUUACCCUGGCAAUCAAAGAGGCUGGUACAGCGUCCGGGCAACAGAUGAUGUCGCUGGUAUUGAACCUGUCUGGCGACACAAAUCCAUCGCUGUCGUUACAGAACCAGGCCGCCAGUUCAGGUGGUGGCGAGAGCAGCAAUAA